GCUGUUCCCAGUUUCUUUCUCUAUCUUUACUACUUUUGAUUAUGAUGAUUUUCUUGAUCUAAUGCUAUCUUUCGUAUCUCUUUAUCUCGCUAUUCACACUUUCAUCUUAUCUCCCUCUAGUGAAGUGGAGAAGGCUAACAUCAAAGUCGGUGGACCGGACCUCUGAACCCUUAAAAGACCACUCCGAUAUCUAACCAGGUUUAGGAGGUCCAGCCACAGACGCUUUAGGACCAGAUGAUCGCGCAUGGCGUCCCCUGUCAAACUUGACGAGUAAAGUAUUCAGGUAUUGGCUCUUUUAAGGUUGACAUCCAUUCACAAAGUUGCAAUAAUCCAAUCGGCUUAUGGAAUUCCCAAGAAUUAUGCGGCAGCUUACAUUGGCAUUAGAGGCCCUCACCAAACUUAACCUCGUUGGUCAUCCUGAGCCUGCGGGCUUACCUCGUGCUAGCAAUACAAGUGGGGUUAUGCAGCUGUUUUACCAUGGCAUGGUUAUCGUUGAGGAGUACAAUAAAGUUCUACGUCUGCCGUCGUCACUACAUAAACCCCGGCCCAAUCGCCUUUUCCCGAAUUCCUUCCUUUCCAAUUCACUAAACUUUACAGGAGAUUGCAAUCACAGGUUUUGUUAACAUCACUGAACGCCAAAUAAACAAAAUUAUAACUCGGAUCUCAAUUCCUCUUAAUUCAUCCCGUAUCAAUCAGUUCCUCUUGAUCUAGCAAGGACAAUACUUACCUGCCUUAAGAUUCCAUUACUGCACAAGUAACAGUCAACAACUAUCUUAUCUGCAGGUGGAACGUGAUUCUUUAAGAAUCAUACAUCUCCCCAGUUGAAGAGUACCCCUUGUUUCCAAUAACAUCUA